AUGGCGACGCCCCAGCUGGCGGCGCAAUCGCCGCCGGAGAUCUUGUCUCCCCCCGCCGCCCGUCGCCGACGAACCCCCGUGAGCGCGAGGUUCCAGCCGUUCGCCGGCAGCGGUGGCGGCGAUCCGCCGCGGGCUCUCACCAGAAGGGCCGCCGCCGCCGUGGCGGGGGCCUGGUUCCUGCGGCGGAGAGACCCAGCAGGGGCCGCCGAGUCCUGGUUCGUGGCGCCGGAGCAGACGGCGGCGGAGGCGGAGGCGGCGGUGGCGGGCCACGCGCGGGGGCUCCUCGAGCUCUUCCCACUGGUGGAGUCGCGGGCAUGGCGAGAGCUCCAGCAAGCGCUCCGCGAGGACGCGCCGCUUUUGAAGCAGGACCUCUACACCAUCAUCCAGUCCAAGCCCGGCGCCCGGCGGCCGGAGCUGAGGAAGCUCUUCUCCGCCCUCUUCAACAGCGUCACCAGAGUGAGAUUCUCCCUCCUCCUCCCUCUACCCCCCCCCAAACUCCUCGGUCUCAUUCCCUCGUCCCUUGCUCAGCUAGACUACGCCGCGAGGAGCAGGGACGAGGCUUCCGCCGUCGAGCACUACCGCGCCAUCGUCGCCACACUCGAGACCAUCAUGGCAAGAAUAUGA